UGUCUCAGAGGGCCCAAUCAUCACUUGCUGCUAACAAACAGAUGAGCAACGAGGCAUUUGCGGCAGCUGUCAUGCAGUGCUGUCUGUUCAAGCUGCGUACCCAUCAGUGGUGUUUCCUUCUGUUUAACGUCCUGCUGUUCCACGCGCUGCUGUUCGGCGCCGAUUUUGUCGAGGAGUACCUCCUGCAGCCUGCCCCUGUGGUUUACACCGAUGGUAAGGUCGCUGAUGUGAGGGAAAAAGCAAGAAAACUGGACUUGAGCACCUCAAGAGAGAACGCGUCCCAGGCAUAUCCAAUCUCUAAUCCCGACGCCUGCAGAAACUCGGACCUCUUCCUCCUCACGCUGGUCUUCAGCUCUCCGGCUAAUGUCACCCAAAGAUACGCAGUGAGGAGAACAUGGGGAAACAGAACACAAAUUGAAGGUCGCCCAGUUAAGAUACUCUUCGUCACAGUAUCGACUGAGUCUUCUAUGACACAACAGAACCUCGUGAGAGAAUCUGAACUUCAUGGCGAUUUGAUUCAAAGUCGCGCAGUAGAGGAGUCAUCCCUCCACGGAGCAAAGGAGAGGACAUUGCUAGCUCUUCGCUGGGUAAUCACGUUCUGUCCUCUCGUCCCUUUGGUUCUAUUGACUAAGGAGUCUGUGUUCAUAAACCUUCCUGCCAUUGGAAGUUACCUGCUGGGGUUUCACAAGCAUCCAGAGGACCUGUAUCUAGGCAGAGUGAUCCAGAAAGAGUCCCCCGACAGGGACCCCGACAGUCCACACUACCUGCCUCGCACUCUCUACCGUGACAAGCAUCUACCAGAAUACUGCGAAGGAACUGCUUACGUUCUGUCGCAGGACGUGGUCCGUAAAGUCUACAUCGCAUCCUCUACAGUCCUCGCCCCCAUCCCAGGCGAUGCUUUCGUAGGUUUCUGCGCUCGUAAAGCCGGCGUCACACCGGCCCACAGCUCCAGGUUCUCAGGAGAGAGACACUUCCACUACAACGCCUGCUGCUACCGACAUCUCUACAGUUCUGCCGGAUUUGGGAGCCAGGAGUUAGAACGUGUGUGGGAAGACCUUGAGCAGAAAGGUGAACGAUGCUCACUGCUGAAGAUGUACUAUGGCCUUGUGGUCUGCAAGGUUCGCACAUAUUUGGAUGAAGUGUUAUUCCACAACUCAAAGGGGCAGACUUGAUCAUGUUAAUUGAUAAGAGGU